AUUUCAAAUUCUAGAAAAGCUGCUAUUUUCUUCAUCAUGAUGGCAACCAUUGAUAAAGAAAUAUCAAUAAAGAAGCGAAGCAGAUCAGGAUUUCAAAAGGAAACUGAGAUCAUUGACCUCGAAAGCGAUUCCUUUUGUUUUACACCCAUUAAAGACAAAGGCAACUCCAAAACCGACCCAAUCUACGUCGAACAGUACAGUGAAGAAAUCGACCUCCGAUUUUCCAUCAAGAUUUGCGCCAGAUCCCCGGUUAGUAACUUCAUAGACCUCGCCAACUACGAUGAUGAUUUGUUCGUACUUGAUUCCGAUGCCCCAAACACCCCUUUCUGUAAAAAAGAAAAGAAACCCUUCACCGAUCGCUCCAUUACUGAACCGGGAGAGUCAUCAAACUCCAAAGCCAACCAAGACCCAUCUUUUGUCUGCGAAAUCUGCGUCGAACCCAAGCAACCAAACGAGUUGUUUAACAUCAAAGGUUGCUCUCACGCUUACUGUAUCGAUUGCGUGAUCAAAUACGUAGCUUCCAAAUUACAAGCCCAGAUUACGGCUAUAAAUUGUCCCGUUGAGAACUGUGAGGGUUCAUUAGAACCUGAGUACUGUCGCAAUAUACUUCCCAAAGAAGUUUUCGAUAGUUGGGGGGAUGCUUUAUGCGAGGCCAUGGUUUUAGGGUCUCAACCUUUUUAUUGUCCCUUUAAAGACUGUUCCACGCUUUUGAUUGAUGAUGGAGGAGAGGCCGUGAAGGAAUCAGAAUGCCCUAAUUGUAGGAGGCUGUUUUGUGCGCAGUGUAAAGUUCCUUGGCAUGCUGAGAUUGAAUGUGGGGAAUUUCAAAGGUUGCAUAAAGAUGAACGAGAGAAGGAAGAUAUCAUGUUGAUGAAGCUUGCCAAGGAAAAGAAGUGGGGUAGGUGCCCUACAUGUAGAUUCGUUGUUGAGAGAACCCAAGGCUGUAGGUUUAUGCGCUGCAGAUGUGGAGCUGCUUUUUGCUACGAUUGUGGAUCAACCCGAGUGGAUCAUCAAUAUCAUUAUUGCUUUGUAUGCAAACGUUAA